AUAUAGUUGUUGCAUUGUGGUUGUAUAGAUAGCGGAAUCCAACUUCACUAUCUCCACCAACCACCACCAUGGCCGGCGGAGAACUCAUUGCCGUCGCCGGCGACUCUACCAAAAUCCCUCUCCAGGUUGUUCAUGAUGUUUGUCGAAUUUCCGGUGCCGGAUUUGCUGGUUUCUUCAAGAAAGACUGUACUGAUUUAGCUAGAAGAGUGUCCCUUUUGGCUUAUUUGCUUGAGGAAAUCAGAGAUUCCAACACCCAUUUGGGUUCUUCAUCAUCUUCCCAUGAUUCAUGCUUGUAUGAUCUCUCCAUAGCUCUCAAAGCUGCAAAAAGACUUCUUUUAGCAGCAAAUGACUUUGAUCCCAAGAUCUCAGCUGAUGCGGAAAGGAAGAAAAUUGUCUUUCAAUUUCAAUGUGUAACAUGGAAAUUGGUGAAAUCCCUAGGCAGCUUACCAUAUGACCAGUUUGACAUAUCAGAAGAAGUACAAGAGCAGGUUGAAUUGGUCAGAUCACAGUUGACACGAGCUAAAGAGAGGUAUGGUGGACCUUUGGCUUCAUAUGUAUUAUCUCGAGCAUUAUCCCAACCAUUAGAUAAGGAGAUUGAUCCGCUUCAGUCGGGCAGUCGGGGAGUUGGAAGUUUACAUCUAGAAAAUGUUGGCAAUAUUGAUCAUGAAGUUUGGCCAAAACUUGGAGGUCUUCCCUUAGGUAACACCCCAAACGGCAAUGUUUGUGUUCAGAUAGUUCAGGAACCAGAAAAUCUAAGGAAUUCAUCCAAAAAUUCUGAGGUUACUUCUCCCAAAAGUCCUGGUUUGGCCAGGGAAGAUGACUCACCCAGCAAGAAACUUGUGGAGAGUAAGAAGCCCAAUUCUCCUAUAAUUCCUGAAGAGUAUCUUUGCCCUAUAUCCCUUGAGCUCAUGAGGGAUCCUGUAAUUGUGGCCACUGGACAGACUUACGAGAGAUCUUUCAUACAAAGAUGGAUAGACGGUGGCAACACAAGAUGCCCAAAAACUCAGCAAAUACUCCAAGAUCUUACGCUGACACCAAAUAUUGCUUUAAGAAGUCUCAUUUCUGAUUGGUGUGCAAAGAACAACGUAGAGCAGCCAACUGCAUUAGCAAAUGGGAGAAUAAAGCGAAGUGAUGGAUCGUUUCGUGAUGUUAGUGGGGAUAUAGCAGCUAUUGAGGCAAUUGUACGCAAACUUUCAAGCAGGUCCACUGACGAUCGGAGGGCUGCAGUAGCGGAGAUCCGGUCUCUAUCCAAAAGAAGCACAGACAACAGAGUUUUGAUUGCUGAAGCUGGAGCAAUCCCGUUAUUGGUCAACUUGUUGACAUCUGAAGACAGUCAAAUCCAAGAAAAUGCUGUCACUUCUAUUCUUAACCUUUCUAUAUUUGGCAACAACAAGGGGCUUAUCAUGCUUGCCGAUGCUGUUCCUUCAAUUGUUCAAGUUCUCAGAGCUGGAAGCAUGGAAGCAAAAGAAAAUGCAGCAGCGACCAUCUUUAGUUUAUCACUUGGAGAUGAGAACAAAAUUAUAAUAGGUGCAUCGGGGGCCAUCCCAGCUCUGGUAGAAUUGCUUCAGACUGGAAGCACCAGAGGGAAGAAAGACGCUGCAACAGCAUUAUUUAACUUGUGCAUAUAUCAAGGAAACAAGGGCAGGGCUGUUCGGGCAGGGAUUAUACCAGUACUGUUAAUGAUGCUGAAAGAUUCAAGCAGCUGCAUGGUUGAUGAAGCCUUGACCAUUCUUUCAGUUCUUGCCAGCCACCAAGAGGCCAAGGCUGCCAUAGCAAAAGCUAGCACGAUUCCUGUAUUGAUAGAUCUACUAAGGACAGGUCUACCUCGUAAUAAAGAGAAUGCUGCUGCUAUCUUGCUAUCCUUGUGCAAAAGAGAUACUGUGAACUUAUCUUGCCUUCGUAGGCUCGGUGCACUUAUACCUCUUACAGAGCUUGCUAAUACUGGCACAGAAAGGGCCAAGAGGAAGGCUACUUCAUUGUUGGAGCACCUUCAAAAACCUCUGCAACCUUGACUGGUAUUCUAUCAGCGAAGGAUUCAUUAAUUGCUUCUUUCAUUCUUACCUAACCGUGAAUUACACGAUUCCAUUUAUAGUGUGAUAUAAAAUCUGAGAAAACGAACAUGAGAAAAUAAUUCAUUCUCAUUGCUUGUUGCAUCAGUGUAUCUAUAUUUAGUCUGUUUUCGAGUGAGUAACUGAUUCGUUUGACCUGUAUUUUUUUUCACUAUUUGUUACUAAUUGAUCAAUUUGAUGUCUGCCACACUAAGGUGUGACGGAAAUUUAUCAACUCUGUGUAAAUGAAACAUUUUGAUUUGUGAAAAAUUGCUCUUUUCUUUUCCUUUA